UGCACUGUUGAGACUGGUGUGUUUUAUGAGUUAUGGAAAUACUAUAAACAACAAAACACUGCCGCGUCUAGUACCGCUCGAAACUCCCGUAGCGAGGGAAAAGAAGUUCACAGUUUGUUUUUGGGUUGUGUCUUUGUUCUAGAACCUGGUUUUGUGUGUGAUAUCGUGGGGUGGAUAUAUUGGCAGGCUAUAGUUUAAGCAGCGGGGAAAGAAAGCUAGGGCGGGUUUGCUCUACACGCUCACAACCUACAGAGGAUGCUUGGGCAGCAUUGAUUUGGAAAUGAGUGUACAGGUGAACUUAAAGAACAUUCCUUCCCACUUAAUGGAGUCUGCAUACAAUAACACUGACCACCAGAGGAGCCCCAGGUCUGCAGAAAACAUGCUAACUCCAAUCAGCUUUCCUAAAACAAAAAUUGCGCUAUGGGAUCCAGCACCAGUUGGAGAUAUGAUCAGUCUGCACCUAUCUUACUACAGAAACCCAAGGUUGCUGGUUAUGGAGAAAACCCUGCGAUUAGCCCAUCGUCAUGCCCGCCAAAGUAACAGAAAUGACUUCUCCUGUUUCCUCCUUGGCUCAAUGGAGGUGGAUGAUGAUGAGGAAGGUGUCACGUUGACAGUGGAUCGGUUUGACCCAGGGCGUGAGAUACCUGAAUCGCCAGGGAAGGUGCCCACAGCCCUGCUUCCUGGAGAUUUCCUGAUUCCCUGCACAGUGAACACAGGCCCUGCUUCUGGAGACACUAUAGUGCACUCUGCAGAAGACUUCCUCAUUGCAUUCAAGAUUCUUCAGCAACACUGUUGCAGUAAAGAAACCCUGGACCCUUCAAAGCUCCUGACUAUGAGAGCACGACUGACCUGUGCAGAGCACAUGGAUAACCUCAACUUCAACCUUCACUGGGCAGCUGUCACAAUAGCCAACACUCUGGAUGCCACGCCAGUCAAACCAGUUCCUAUCAUCCCUACCGCACUGGCAAGGAACCUGACCAGCCCCAUGAACAUCGCACAGGUUCAGGGAGUGUGUAAAUUUGGAUUCCUUACCAUGGACCAAACCCGUAAACUACUCCUGGUGCUUGAAUCAGAUCCAAAAGCUUAUACUUUGCCUCUUGUUGGCAUAUGGCUAAGUGGGAUUACCCAUAUCCACAGUCCUCGGGUCUGGGCUUGUUGCCUCCGAUACCUGUUCAGCUCAUCUCUUCAGGACAGGGUUGUGAGCGAGGGUGGUGGUUUCCUCAUUGUUCUGUACUCCCUCACACACAAGGAGCCAGAGUUCUAUGAGUGUCGUCUCUGCACUAGACAGCAGGAGCUCGGGUUUCAACUGCUAACCAGCACAGAAUCUCUCAGCCUUUUUAAGAAUGUGAAUCCAUCAGACCGACAGCCGACCCAGUUUGAACUUAGUGCAGAAAGCCAGAACCAGGAGACUGACUUCUUUAAGGAGGUGUCGGCCCGCAUGUCUUUCACCAGUUCUCGGGUGAACUCUCCUCCUAACAAGUUGUCUGUGAGUGACCACGACUCGGGUGUGGAGGAUGAGGACUUCUCUCCCAGACCGUCCCCCAGCCCACACCCUGCCAGCCAGCAGAUACAUCGGAUUCAUCCCUCGGUGCCGGAGCUCUCUAUUGUCUUUGAGGGCAGCUUCAUAGACUCCAAUAAAGCUGCUCAGUGUCCACAAGGUUUUGGAAUCAGACCUUCUCUAGCUUCAGCUCCACAACAAUACAUGAGAAGUACUGGGCCUCUUCAAAAACUGCAGCCAGAGGCAAGGCAGCCCAGCAUUGGAUCAUGCUCUGGGUCAUCUCCAGUAAGGUGCGCUCCAACUCCUGCAAACCAGCCAAUGAAGGUCUGCAAAGGCAGAGUGAGUCCUGCUCACUCCCAGCCUGUUAAUUGGAAGGGAGGUCCUCCACUCAGGAAGAGUUCUGUAUCCUCAGCUUCGUCCACAUCCUCCUCCUCCUCAUCAUCAUCAACUCCACAUAGUGGACAGUCGCCCAACACCUCCAUUCAUCAGCCUAAAGGGCACCUGCCUUCUGCCACCAAGAGGGGCAUUUCCCCAGCUGGCAGACCAGGAGCCCCUAGCACUCAAAGACCUCCCUCCCCUGGAAAUCCACCAGCUAGACGUGGCCUGCCACACAGUGCACAAACACCAGCCCGGACGUCUAACUUCCACAUGCCCUUUUCGGCGCCUCAUAGUCUGAACCAGCACCCUGCUAGCUUCUGUAGCUGUUGUCAGCAUCGCGGUCAUUUGCCAUACUAUCCAGUAAACUCGUGGCAAGGUGUUCCCAACUUUGCAUCCAGUGGUAGCCCUGUUUACUGCCCGUCGGACACCCCGGCUCAUGACUGCAGCUUUUCUCCCUUCCACCAGGGCAUGGGCAGCCAGUCCAAUGGUCACUGCAGCCCAAUGUGUCAAAUAAACGGUCAGGGUUCACAUGGGGGCACAGGCUCUUCUGCACAUAAUAGUGCUCUUCCGGUGCCUGGAGAGCUGAAUACCCAGAAGACCAGUCCUUCUAAAGGGCAGUUCUGUCUCAGCCAGGCUGCCUACGUGCCGCAGCCUAUCUCCCAGGCCCCUGCUGAGAUCGGACUGAUGGGAUUACCUCCAGAUGCUUACAAGAUUCUUGUGGAGCAGGACAAGAAGUUGAAAGUGCUCCAAGCCCAGAUCCAAAAGCUCUUGGAGGCUCAGAGUAACCCACCCUGCUCUCACACAUCCCCUCCACAGUCAGGGAGGCAGGUGGAGUCUGCUGCCACGGAAACCCAGACUGCUGUGGGCGUGCAGGUGAAGAAGAGUGUCAGCAUUGCUGUGGGCACAGGAGCAAGCUUGUUUUGGAGCCCAACUGUGGGUCAGGAGGAGGUGGCGAUCCUAGAGUCCCAGGAUAAUGAAAUGGGCAUCUCUCUCACUACUGAGGAAGACACCACUCGCGACAGCAUGGCUUCCUCACUGAAGGCUGUCGAUAUCCACAGCUUUGCAGAGAGCACCCAGGUCAUUGCAGAGGAGUCUGUUGUGUCAGAUACAGCCAGGCAAGUCUGUAUUUUUCCUUUUUGUUUUAUCUUCAGUUCUUCACAUCGGUUUUGGAAUGAGCGGGGGCCCCAGGUAACAUUCCAAAGCUCUGAACUUGGGGAGAGUGUCAGCAUGUGCAUCCAGUCAUCGCCAGCAGAGGACGCAAAAAAACAGGAAAAUGAGAAAGUGAAUUAUCAGCUAAACAGUGAACUGCAAAAUGAGCAGAAAUUUUAUCAGGACUUGCUGGGCCAGGUGAACAGCCGCUUGCAGGCCUCUUCGUCUGGAGAUGAAGAGGAGCCGGGGCAGAGACAGGCCAUGCACCCCGAAACGGGGGCCAUGGAUUCAUCUUCUGUGUCCCAAAGCAGCAGCUGGAAAAAGCAGUCAGCCCCCAGCAACAGCGACAAGGACAGGGUCCGGAACGCCACCCUGAAACAGCUGGAACACUUGGGAGUGAAGGUUGACCCGGACUGCUGUGUGAAAGGCAAUAAAACCAAGUCCCAGUUGGAGAGUGCCCGCACACGGCCUUGUAUAUACCCCCAGGCAGUCCUCCCCAGGCUGAAUUACAUGUCCUUUGGGAACAUGGCAAUGAGUGGCUUCGGCCCCAGCGGUGUGGACCUCAGUCUGGAAGCCAACGCCAUAGCCCUAAAGUACCUGAAUGACUCGCAGCUAUCCCAGCUCUCCGUGAGCAGAGGGGGGCGCCAAACCGGUCAAGAAGAGUCCCAGUCCCUCAGCAUCAUCCUGCAGCACAACACCACCUCAGAGAAGACCAUGAUGGGCAUGAGCUUGAUGUCUCCCAAUAACAUGUCAUUCGCUACCAGGAAAUACAUGAAGAGGUACGGGCUCAUUGAGUGCGAGGAUAGCAGUGAGGAAGAGGAGGAGGGGGCCAGUGAGAGCCAGAUUGAGACCACCUACAGGAAGGACUACGUUGAAAGGGGCACUGAAAGACAGCAAGAGUUGCUCCAGCAGCAGCCGCACCGGAAUAGUGGUGCAAGGGUGUGCAACGACUGGGAAAGGAACAUCUUGAAAAACAUUACCAAUGAGAUUCCCUCCCAGCAGCAGCAUCUCUCAGACCAGGAUUCCCAGCAGAUGCUCAGGGACCUGAAACCCAAAAUGAAGCCUUUGGCAGGGGUUACUCACAUCCCUCACACCCCUGACAAGGAAAAUGGCAUGCAGUUUUUCCCAGACAAGCUCAUGCAUGACUCCCCUGUAACACACAAGCAUAUGGAGAGCCAGGGAUCUGUGGAGAACUUUUUAGAUGUCAGCAGACUGCGGCAGCUUCCCAAACUCUUCUGAGUUUUACAAAUGGGGAGGACUAUAAAGAUUUCUGUUAUAUCUGGAUUAAACCAGGCUGGCAGCUUUUUAGGAAUAAUGUUUACAGAACUUUUGUGUCAAAAGGAUUACAAUGACAUUUUUGGAUGACCAGAAAGCUUUAUUUAUCUCUCACUUGAAUUAUCCCAAAUCUUUCCAUCCAAUGCAAACAGUAUCUCCAUGUUUUAACCAAUCCUUCAAAAAUGUUUUCAUUUUCCAAGGAAAAUAUGAUGAACUUUAGUAAGGAUUCCUAGCAUUGACAUAAUAUCUGUUUCUCAAAGUUUUGUUCCCCGUCAUAUUAUAUAUUGGCAAUAUGGGGCUACAAAAAAGGACACACACUUAGCUUGUUAAACUGAUGGGAGUAGUUGUUCUCAUUUUCAUAUUAUUGAUAUACAGUACCUCUUUAGAAACCAACAAAAAAAAAUUAUGCUUAAAUGCUAAAUAUACAUAAGUAGCCUGAAUUUGAUUGAAAUUGCAGCUUUGAACUUGCCUUAAGUAUCCAACAAUCUGCCUUAGUAUAUUUGCACAAAAUGUAUUACCUUGAAAAACAAGUUGUGAUUCAAAAUUUGCCCUGUAGAUUUUUCCCAGGUUGUUGAGUCUCCUGUUACUUAAUGUUUUGCAAACAUCCACACUUUGAAUAGCAUCUGUUGUGUAGAAAAUAAUACUCAUAAUAAUAAUUAUCCCACUGGGAAUAGCGAUUUUGCAAUCUGAUCUUUACUUUAAGGUUAGAAUCAACUUAACGGUUUGGGGAUAUUCCAGACAAAACAAACAUCAUGCAUUUAUUUCCCUACACACUUUGGAGUUGUUUACAGCAUUUAAAGAAUAUGUUUAGCACUAGGAACCAUGUGUAAAUGUGGUGUGUAGUUUUAAAAAAGAAAAGUGAUUUGCAUGUCUUAAUUGGACAACUCCCUUUUAAUUUUUUUUUUUUUUUUUUUUUUUUUUUUUGAGUAACUUGACCUAUUUUCCUGAAUGAAUGGUGCUAUGGAUUACAAACUCAGUUUCUCUCUUGCCUGUAGCAACAGUACUGUUUGUACAAGCCAAUUCCUACUAAUUAGAAAUGCAUGCUUGCUACUUCUAUUGGUCCAGUCCUCUGAAAUGUGCCUUAAUAUCUGUUCCUUUCCAUGUUUGUGUGUGGAUUUUAGUGUGAUGUGUGUGUCUCUUGAUUUGCACUGUUUGCAGCCCACAGUGGUCUGCUUAUCAGACCCUCCCAUGUUAGUACACUCCACCUAUGGGUUAUAUAUGGGACUUUUAAACAGACCUGCUGUGACUGCCAUCUGCACAUUCGCAUUCCCAGCUAAUCUGAGGGCCCCACAGCUUUUACAACCACUCUGUUCUAGUUCAGUCAACUCCAACUCUUACUUGUGUGUGUGACCAAAAUCAGUGUUAUGUAUUCUUUUUUUAAAUUUCAAUUAUUUAAAAAAAAAAGUGUUUGGGGUUAUUAAAUAUAAUGCACCUGGUUUGCAUGUGUGUAUGUUUUGUAUUUAUUAAUAUUUUAUAUUUUUACAAGUUUUUAAAUAAAGAGCAAUUUGAUUAACC